AUCCGGGACAUGGCUAGUACUUUUCGAGAUGAAACUCAGCUUGUGUUCAUAUCUUUGCUUAGCAGGUUCGUCGUAAUUUUAAUUCAGAUUGUUGGUCGCUCUAUAUUGUCUGAUUACGACACAUCAACUGAAAGAUGCCUGACACAAACUUCAGAAAGCUACAAAGUAUGCAACACUCUCACUUUUGUGUUGUGUGCCAACUUGAAGUGGGAUGGAGAGUAUUUUAUAUCAAUUGCCGAAGAAGGCUAUCAGUACGAACAGACGAUGGCUUUUUUCCCGUUGCUUCCCGGAUUGUGUCGAGUACUGGAAGAGUCAGUUUCGCUUCCUGUCCGUCGAUUGUGCAAUUUUAAUUUGAGAGUGUCUAUUCUAUUUUCAGCGUUUCUUCUCAAUCUCUGUCUGUUUGUUCUGACUGUGGUUGCACUCUAUCACGUUGUCUAUAUCGUUUGUGGAACGAAAAGAGUGGCAAUGAUAUCGAGCAUUUUGUUUUGUGUCAGUCCAGCAUCUGUAUUUAUGUCUGUCAUGUACUCUGAAAUUUUGUUUUCGUUCUGCACAUUCGUUGGUUUGUGGCUGUUGUUGACUGGAAGACUUUGGCUAUCAUCACUGUGUUUUGCACUCUCCAGUGCUGCUCGUUCAAACGGGAUUGUCAAUUGUGGCUUUAUUGCGUAUUCAUGUAUUUCCCGGCUAUGGAAUCAACGACAAUGUCUGAAGAAUACGAUUUUGCACAUACUUGUAUGUGCUAUUCAAUGUUUUAUUACGUUAUUACCAUUCCUCGCAUUUCAAGUUUAUGGAUAUUUUCAGUUCUGCACCCGUGGAAGUGACAGACCAUGGUGUUAUGACUAUAUUCCACUUAUGUACUCAUUUAUACAAAAACAAUACUGGAAUGUGGGACUGUUUCGAUACUAUGAACUGAAGCAGUUACCUAAUUUUUUCUUGGCAAGUCCAGUUGUUGUACUGUCAACUAUUUAUGUCGUUGUUUACUUCAAGUCAGCACUAGAGAGACAGUUUAAUCCUGAUUUUCACAUCAGAAAGAAAUGUUAUAAUGGGGGUGUAUGGUCAGUGACUGCUCUUCCAUUUGUGGUUCAUCUUGCAUUUUUGCUAUUAGUUGGAACCACAUCGAUGCACGUGCAGGUUAUCACUCGACUUAUCUGUUCUUCUACUCCAGGCUUCUACUGGUUUGCUGGUCAUGUAAUGGAUUUGGAUGGGAAGGAAUUUACUCACUCUCAACUAUGUCGCUGCUUGGUUGGUUUGUACUUUGUGACUUUCUCUGUAGUGGGCACUCUCAUGCAUUCCACAUUUUAUCCAUGGACAUGAUGUAGAUGUCCUACAUAAUCUACUAGGAAUGUACUUUGGUUGGAAUACUGGAUUAAUUAAAUAAAAUUCAAAUGUCUAU